AUGGGGUACAAAGUGUAUAAAAUUAAAUUGGAGGACGAAAAACAACAAGAGCAGUUGUAUAUGAUUAAUGACGACCUCAUCGACUAUUGGCGGAAACCAUCCUUAAAGUACAAUAUAACCGGCCAAGCUAUGGUACCGCCAUCUCUUACUAGCUGGUUUGAGCAACGACUCAAUGAUUUUGAUAUAGCAAAGGAAGUUUUUGUUGACGACGUAUACGAAUACUUGAUGAAGAAAGACGAAGUGUCCAUAAAGUCAUUUAACAAUGUCAGCGACACCGCGUUUAACCUGUACGAAUAUAACCGUUAUAAUGAAAUUGUUGAUUAUCUUCGAGCUUUAGAGAGAACAUAUGAUAAUUCAGAAGGUGUUAAUUUGAGAGUCGUUGAAAACGGCAUAACUGCGGAGGGAAGACCCUUAGUGUACAUACAACUGACGAACUCUACGACAAACUCAAAUGAUAAGCCUAUUGUGAUCGUAGAAGCGGGAAUCAUUCCAAGACAGUGGAUUACCGUACCUUCAUCAAUGAAUAUUGUUCAUAAAUUAUUGGAUAGUGAUCAUAGCAGACUCUUAAAUGGCUACGAGUGGAUCAUAAUUCCUGUGUUGAAUCCGGAUGGAUACGAAUACACGCAUACAAAUUUGCGGUUGUGGAUGAAGUCGAGAAGUGUGCGGAGUCAUUUGGGUGCCAUAUGUCCGGGAGUCAACAUUAAUCGGAACUUUGAUAUCGCAUGGCUUCAAUCAGACUCAAGUUCAAGUCCCUGCAGCCACUUGUACGGUGGCAUAGAAGCCUUUUCAGAAGCUGAAAGCCGUUUGGUGCGGUCUUCGUUAGAAUCAAACAAGGGCAGGACACGCCUUUAUAUAUCCUUGCAAAACACCGGAGGUUAUAUAUCUUACCCGUGGCAGUAUGAAAGAGCUGCUAGUGGAAUGUUCCUUCAACAUCACUUGCUCGGUCUCGAUAUGGUUGCGGCGAUGGGUGACCGUUAUUAUUUAGACGUAGCAUCAAGCGCAUACGGUGAUAGAGCCUCAGGAACGAGCACAGACUAUAUGCGGCAAAAUGAAGUACUGUAUACGUUUAAUAUUGAUAUAGCGCCAAGUGGUGAAGAUGGCGUUAUCGUACCAAGGGAAGAAGUACCGAUGAUCGCCGAAAAUGUUUGGAGAGCCGUUUCGGUUGCAGCUGAGAGUUUAUUA